UUAUGGUAACCGUCAGCCUUCAGAGAAAGAAAGCAGUUCAUUAAUUUACUUCGCUCUUGCUUCGAAGUAUGAUAAUGUACGGUACCCCCAGAUCAAUAGAUAUGAUGUACAGUCGAUAUCCCCUCGGAACCGCUAGAGGGGAAGGGAUAUCUGCCCCCACGAUGCCAACGCACAGCGGGGUUCUCCACUGGAGAUCACGGACCGGGCCGGGGGCAGCCUCGGCUGCUGGGAAGUUGCGGGGAGCCCGGCCCAGAGCUGCGGACGGGGGGAACGGGAGACGGAGGACGGGGCUGGGGAACGGGCUGAGCAAUGCUCCCUCGCUCUGCCACCGCUGCGAUGGUACAGAAAUGCAAACAGAUCCGAGCAGCCUCGCGCGCACCUCGAAGGGGUGGGAAGGGGCGGCCGGGACCAACCAGCCCGAGCGAGAACGGCUCAGGGCCGCCGCCCUUCCCGGGGCUGCGGGACGAGGGGCGGCGUCCGCUCCGUCGGGGCCCCACGAGGGGCGAACCGCUCCAGCCGCGGGACCGGACCGAGCCCGGCCGAACCGAACCGAGCCGCGCCGAGUCGAACCGGGAGAGCCGAGCCGGGCCGGGCCGUGCUCGACGGCGCUGAUGACCUCACGCAGUCACGUCGGCGAGCGGCGCGGCGGGGCCGGGGAUUGGCUGGCGGCGGCUCAGCGGCACUUCAAAGCCGGCGAGGGAGCUACAAUUGUGGUGGAAUGGGCGGAACUGAGCAUUGUAUUGCACACCUCUAAAAAAACACUGCCUCUGAUUUAUCAAUAUAAAAAAGAUCCUCUGAGAGGAGGGCACUUUUGUGUGAUGGCAACUUCACUUCUAGGGGAGGAACCGCGGGUUGGCUCCACGCCGCUGGCCAUGCUCGCCGCGACCUGCAACAAGAUCGGCAGCCCCAGUCCCUCGCCGUCCGCCCUCUCGGACAGCGCGUCCUCCUUCGGCAAAGGCUUCCACCCCUGGAAACGCUCCUCCUCCACCUCUUCGGCCUCGGCCGGCAGCUGCGGUGCAGUGGGCUCCGGCCUCCCGGGCUUCGGCGUGGCGGGCGCGGCGCGGAACGGAUCCUCGGCGGCAGCGGCGGCGGCGGCGGCGGCGGCGGCCGCGCUCGUCUCGGACUCGUUCAGCUGCGGCGGCUCUCCGGGCUCCAGCGCCUUCUCGCUGACCUCCAGCGGCGCGGCGGCCGCCAGCUCGCCCUUCGCCAACGACUACUCCGUGUUUCAGGCUCCGGGCAGCGCCGGCGGCGGAGGCGGCGGGGGAGGCGGCGGCGGCGGGGCGGCGGGGCAGGAGGCGGCUCACCAGCCCGUCUUCAUCUCCAAGGUGCACGCGUCGGUGGAGGGGCUGCAGGGCAUCUACCCGCGGGUGGGCAUGGCGCACCCCUACGAGUCGUGGUUCAAGCCCUCGCACCCGGGGCUGGCGGCAGGCGAGGUGGGCUCGGCGGGCGCCUCCAGCUGGUGGGACGUGGGCGCGGGUUGGAUCGACGUGCAGAGCCCCAACGGGGCCGCCGCGCUGCCCGGCUCCCUGCACCCCGCGGCCGGCGGCCUCCAGUCCUCGCUGCACUCGCCUCUGGGCGGCUAUAACUCGGAUUAUUCGGGCCUCGGGCACUCGGCCUUCGGCGGCGGCGCCUCCUCGCACCUCCUCAGCCCCGCCGGGCAGCACCUCAUGGACGGAUUUAAGCCGGUGCUGCCCGGCUCCUACCCGGACUCUGCCCCCUCGCCGCUGGCCGGCGCCGGGGGUUCCAUGCUAGGCGGCGGUCCCACCGCGCCGCUCUCAGCCUCGCCUCGCUCCUCCGCCCGCCGCUACUCUGGCCGCGCCACCUGCGACUGCCCCAACUGCCAGGAGGCCGAGCGGCUGGGGCCGGCGGGGGCCAGUCUGCGGCGCAAGGGGCUGCACAGCUGCCACAUCCCGGGCUGCGGCAAGGUGUACGGCAAGACGUCGCACCUGAAGGCGCAUCUCCGCUGGCACACGGGCGAGCGACCCUUCGUCUGCAACUGGCUGUUCUGCGGCAAGCGCUUCACCCGCUCCGACGAGCUGCAGAGGCACCUGCGGACCCACACGGGCGAGAAGCGCUUCGCCUGCCCCGUCUGCAACAAGCGCUUCAUGCGCAGCGACCACCUCAGCAAACACGUCAAGACCCACAGCGGCCCCGGCGGCGCCGGGGGACCCGGCGGCGGCGGCCCCGGGCCCGGCCCCGGCGGAAAGAAGGGCAGCGACACCGACAGCGAGCACAGCGCGGCCGGCAGCCCGCCCUGCCACUCCCCGGAGCUGCUGCCGCCCCCCGAGCCCGGCCACCGCAACGGCCUCGAGUGACGGCGGCGCCGCGCAGCGCCGCGCAGGGGACGCGGACACGUAAGUACCCGCGCGGCCCCGUGGGGAGCGCGCUCCGGCCCCGCACCGCACCGGGCGGGCGGCGGAGCUCCGCCGGGGGCCGCCUCCCCUGCCCUCCCCGUCCUUUAGGGACCCCCCGUCGGGUCGCACCGUGGGAAAAGCCACGUUUCUCCCGCUGGAAACCGCAGCCCUUCCGUCCGGGAGCGGCGCCUCGGGGACGCGGUCGGGCGGAGGGGUCUUCCCAGGCUGGGGGCCCCGUGCCGGGCUGCGAGAGCAGCGCCCACCGUCGGUUCUCCGUCCCGUCGGGACCGCCCUCGUCUCGGUGAUUGCCAAAAGCCCUUCUGCUCCCGGAGACCUCAGAGACACGGUGCUCUCCCCUCUUCUUCUUCUUCUUCUUUUUUUUCCCUUUCUUUUUUUUCUUUCUUUUUUCCCCCUUUUUUUACUCCCCCUUACAGUCAUUUAACUCCCCGCAUCCAAACGUUUUUGCGUUUUCCGGCCCAUUCGAAUCAUUAUUUGGAUCAUUCCCGCUUGAGUGGGAAUCGCGAAACCCACUGACAACGAUUAGGUUUUAAAUCCCCUAUUUUUUAAACCCCAUACGAAUAAAGAAGCACCGUUGGUUGUGAGCGGAGCUGCGGUUCAGAUGCCAAAAAGAGGGAGGCCGGGGUGGGGGGGAAGGAGAGGAAAGUGAAAUGUUUGUAAAAUACAUCGGAACCUCUAGGUUUGUACCACGGGGAAUCGUUCUAGAUUAGUAACAAUGACUCCACCAACGUAUCGGUGUGAGGUGCAGUUGUCCAGGAGACGAUUUUGUAUAGUAUUUUUCUUGUACAUUACUUCCAGUAAAUAUUUGGAAAUAUAUUGAAGUACACUCGAGCAUUUUUUAUUUUUAUUUUUUAGUUUCUAUUUUAUUUUAUUUUAAAUCCUUCUUUUCCUGCCACCAGAAAGCAUUACCAGCGCAGCCCUCCUCAGUUUUAUUUCUGGACUCGUUUCCUGAAGCGUCCAUCAAAGCGCACUUCAGGAUAUAGGUUUUGCUUGAAUAUUAAUUUAGGUAGGCAUACAACUGUAAUUAAGCAAACAAUAUUUGAUAAAUGUUGAAUGACAUUUAAUUUAAUGGAGCAUGUACUUAUUUGCAUUUGCUGGCAGUUCAGGUAUAGUCACAGUGAGAGUUCUCCUCUAGUUCCUGAAGUGGGUUUGCCACGACCCAUGUAUUAAUAAACUGUCCGAGUGAAACUGAACUAACGUUGGCCUAUGUGUAUUUCCUGACAAAUAAUAUUGAUAAAUGUUAAUAAACACUCCCGACACCACAUUAGCGGUUUGCCCUGCUGCAAACUAAUUGUCUCAUUGUAAUGUUGAAAUAAUUUGGAUAUUUCACAUUGAAAUGGAAAGCCCUUCGCUGGAACAUUUUAGAUUUGCAUUUUAAAUGCAUGAAAUGUAAUUGAUUUUUAUCUGUAAUAUUUUAAAUGGUAUUAAUAAACUCCAGAGCAAACAUUCUA